AUGCCAUCCGUUACUAAACAAAAAAAACCAUCUCGACAUCUGUGCAUAUCUGUGCAUUUUGUAUCUUAUAUUGCCUUAUACAUGAUUAUUAAACCCACAAUAUUUCUUCUAAUUAUUUCAAAUUCAAUGACCUUCGCACCACAAGCGAGAUUCGCACAUUCGGCAGUUCUGGUGAGGAGGAGAAUUUAUGUAUUUGGCGGUCAACUUCCUUCACAACAACCAGAUAAUGGCAUGUUCCUUCUUAGUUUCACGGGCAUUAACAACACUGCUCCAUUAAAUUGGACGGAUCUGUCCCCCGUCUCCAAGGUUCCGGUCAAUAUUUCGUGGUCAACGGCGGUUUUCGGAAAGUCGCUUAAAUCAAUAUUUGCAUUCGGAGGAAUUAUGUUGGAUUCGACGGGAAACGAAACCGGUUUAUUGCUUAAGUUUAACACUACUUCGAAAACAUGGGAAAAAAUAACGGCAUCAGGAACACCACCUGUGAACAGGAGAGAAUGCCAAGCAGUUAUUGACGAUGAAAAUAAAAUAUAUAUUUUUGGAGGUUCAACCUCGUCUGCUACAGGAUCAAACACCACAAACUGGUCGGUAAAGGUCGCGACUGGUCACGAUAUCGACGGACGUGCGAGUCAUUCUGCAGUGCUGACAAAUGAUGGUAAAAUUAUCGUCUAUGGUGGGUUUAAAGACGAAAACGAAGUAGCAGCUUUUCCGCAACUCAUAAUGUUGGAUACCAACACUUCAACAUUUACUUGGUCCACACCUCCUGUCAAUGCUAUUACCGCUCCGCCCGCAUUGAAACUACAUACUGCUACUUUAUACGGAAAUUACAUGAUCGUGGCUUUUGAGUCAAUAUUAAUCACUGUCACUAACUAUUUGUUAUUCGCAGGACGUUACCUAAACACACAAACGGUAUCUUCAAACACGAACCCAAACGUCUACAUAUUUGACUUAACGACCUUCGCUUGGCAACCUAU